ACGAACAUGGCAUCAUAAUGGCAGCGAUCGAGAUAUUUUCGAGCUCCGUCACUUAUAAAUACAAGAGUAGAAUACACUCUUGUGCCUCAAUCGUCGUCUUCCUGUUUAUUGUGUUAUCUUUGUUCACGCCGCUUUUUAUAAUCUACAAUGCCGGAGGUAUCUGGGUGAAAAAUCGGAUGCAUGCGGAAACGCCGGAAGUGCACUUUGAAUAUAAGUAUUUGCUACUUGCGGAAGUGGAUCCCUCUAAGGAACCUAUCGUGUGUUCUACAUUUACGACGUACAAGGAAAACAGGAUCAGAGAUCACUGCACAAUAAUCAAGGUGCGGGAAAACGAUGUGAACGGCGACGGGCAGAAGGAUGCACUGAGGUUUGAAGCACAUUUCCACACGGACAAGCCGGUGAAGUCAUUAAGACUAUUGCUGUUUUUCAAUUUCCAAUUAAAGCAUCUCAUCGAAGCGACGAUAGAAUCUAUCGGCGUGUUCGAUCAUGUGUUAAGUCACGAGGCUCAAGAGAUACGAUUCUUCGGGGAUUUGGAGUUACGGCAGAAGGGACUUUUGCGCAGCGAAGGCCUCUACGAGAUGUACAAUCAUAGCAUCGAAUUGUCCAAUUAUUCUCUACCCGAAUUGCUGCUGCGCAACUUUAACCGGAAGUUUUCAGCCAGAAUCACAAACGAGCGGGUAACUCAACGAAGCGGUUUUACUAGCGACGAAGCGGUCGCCGUUAUCGGCGAGCUGUUCUACACGGAAAACUUUAUUUAUUAUCAGCCGAGCGUGUGGGAGGAACUCAAGUGGGCAUGGAUCCAAUAUCUUUCGUGUCUACUGGUGCUCGCAUAUGUGGCUAAACACGUCUUGGUAUUUUUAUUUAGCAGAAGAUACUUGAAUACAUACAUUGUAAGACCAUGGAUGAAUAAAUAGGUGCCAAAUAAAUAAACAGAAUAAAUCCAUCCGAUAAAUUUAUGUCUUGCGCGCGUACGACACUAAAUUUCCCUCUAGGAUGUUCCAUUUCUACCGCGUUAAAUCUUCACCAAGUAUUAUCGAACUUGGAUUUUUCUUUAAAUAGAAUUUACAGUCGUCGUUCAUUGUAUCCGGAUUCUAAAAUUUAAUACAAUAAAUAUCUGACUGUAUUCUCAUAAAAUUUAAUAUAUAUAUAUAUUCAAAUA